CUUCUGUUGACUGCUGCCUCACUGCUGGUGUAUAUAUUAAAACUGCUUGCUUGUCGACCGGGAAGACCUGACGUAAGUAUUAUUAUGACGGAGACCUGGCUACAAGCCCAGAGGGAUGAUACUUAUAUCACUGAACCGAGGCCCGCUGGCUGUUUCUCCCACUCGUUGCAUGGUGCUGACUCGCGUGGUGGUGGCUUCGCGAUUGGUGUAAACAACACUUUGGCAAAGUGCGUUGUGAAAGCCUGUUUCCUUUGUUUCUGUGGAGACUGUGAUAUUUUUGUUGUUGUAGUAAGGCGCUGUGUCAUUAGAAACGACGUUCUAUAAUCAUUAUGUGGAUUCCCACAUCUUGUGCGUUUCUGGUGAAGCUAUUGUAACAGAACCUGCCCUGAAAUCAAACACUAUAUGAAAGGCACAGGUGUAUGAGGACAAAGUGUGAGGACAUCGUUCACCUCUAGUUCACCUGGAUCAUGUCUGUCAACAUUCCUGGUCUGUGUGCUGUGGUGGUCCUCUAUAUCGUCAUCCUCGUCAUCGGCCUCAUCGCCGGCAGGAAGACGGCCAAGUCCAAGUCGCGAGAUGACAUCAUUCUGGCCAACCGCUCAAUGGGUUUCUUUCUCUCUUCCUUCACUGUCACAGCCACACUAAUAGGAGGAGGCUACAUCAAUGGAACAGCGGAGGCAGUGGCUUUCCAGGGAUUGCUAUGGGCUAAUGCCCCCGUCUGCUAUUGUAUUUCACUUAUUAUCGGUGGCCUGGUAUACGCACCCAAAAUGCGCAGAGGGGAGUAUGUCACAAUGUUCGACCCCUUCCAGCUUAAAUAUGGUCGAAAAGUUGGAGCAUUUCUUUUCCUCCCUCAGGUUUUGGGGGACCUCUUCUGGGCAGCGGCCAUUCUGUCAGCUCUGGGCAACACCAUCUCUGUUAUUCUCGAUUUCGAUACCACCAUCUCUAUCAUUAUCUCUGCCUGCGUCGCUGUCGUCUACACAUUUCUGGGCGGACUGUACUCCGUGGCCUACACUGACGUCAUCCAGCUGGUCUUCAUCGCCGUGGGCCUGUUUCUAGUGUUUCCUUUCGCCAUGAACCACGAGGCUGUGGAUAUAAGCAGAGUGUCCGGGACAUGGAUUGGAACUAUUCCUACCUCCUCCAUCGGCGUCUACCUCGACUUCACCCUCCUCCUCAUCUUGGGUGGUAUCCCUUGGCAGACGUACUUUCAGAGGGUGCUGGCGUGCAGGAACGCCAGAGUAGCGUGCGUCAGUUCGCUGGUGGGAGCAGUGGCCUCGGUCAUCCUCGCCAUCCCCCCUUGUGUCAUUGGUGUCGUCGGAGGCUCAACAGACUGGAACCUAACCUCAUACCCGGGUGAGAUACCGAUUCCGCCUUCAAAGCAGAGCUCCAUCCUGCCGUUAGUACUGCAGUAUCUCUGUCCGGUUCCUGUCUCUGUGAUUGGCAUCGGCGCCGUGUCAGCAGCUGUCAUGUCCUCCGCCGAUUCCAUCAUUCUGGCCUCCGCUUCCGUGUUUACCAAAAACGUUUACUGCGAGAUCAUACGACCUAAGGCCUCGGACCUCGAGAUGGUGUGGGCGCUGCGGGUGUCCAUCGUAGUGGUAGGUGUGCUGGGCACGGUGGUGGCUGUCACGGCCAACACCAUCUACGGCCUCUAUGUGCUCUGCUCGGACCUCAUGUACGUCAUCCUCUUCCCCCAGUUGACUCUUGUCCUGUGGUUCCCCCCGGCCAACGCCUACGGCUGUCUGGCCGGCUACCUGCUGGCGCUGACGCUGAGGCUGCUGGGAGGCGAGGGCUUGCUGGCGCUGCCAGCCGCCUUGCACUACCCGUGGUACGAUGCGAGUGAAGACGUGCAACGUUUCCCUUUCCGCACCUUCUCCAUGCUGUGCUGCGUGCUGGCCAUCGUGGUGGUGUCGCUGCUGACCAACGCCAUGUUCCUGCGCGGCUGGGUGCCGCUCAAGUACGACGUGCUGCGCUGCUCGCGACGACGGACCAUCCAGAUGCGCCCCAGCAAAGCAGAUGGACAAACGUCUGACAAAGAGCUCAGAUCCUUGCCAAUAGUCGACGGCGAAGUCAAAGUUACAGACAGCGUCUCAGUCGUCCCUGCAGAAGUGAUCGGAGCAUCAAACCAGACGACAAAACUGUAUGGAUCGAGUCGACAUGGAUGAAAAUCGAGUUAAGACUGUUGAUUCACGAGGGCAACUUUCUAAAUGACAUUUACUAGCAAACCUGACCAUGGAUCAUGCAGGCUGUAUCUAUCCACGAAGAACACACUCACAUCCCAUUCUUCUGUGCCUGCACUUUCAGGUGUUUUCUUUAAGUAUGAGAAAUAUAACAAGCGAUCAUGAUUUUAUAGUAACUUUUCUGCUUUACAGGGCAAAAAUCGAAAACAUUUCUUUUCGUUUAUAUUUUACAAUGAUUUUUGUUCACAUUAUACAGAGAUUUCAGAGCAUUUCCGGGAGAGGGGUUUGUAUGGGAAUAGUAAUAUGUUACCAAGUUAUUGAAAAUGCCUGUUCUCCAGAGCUGAUUUAUCUUUGUGUUUACUUUAUUUAAUGCUAAAUCAUGAGUGUGCAUGAAUACUGUAUACAUAUUAUUCAAGACUUGGAGGAUACGUAGCCAUAUCGACAAGCUACCGAUGUUGUUUAGAUAUUAUAUUCAAAUUAUAAUGCAUUAAAAAGUGAUCACAAAGAUCUCACACUUCUAAAUCUUUUUAAAGAUUCUUAGCUGAGAUACCUGAAACUGUAUCGUCGCCAUCCUCAUAUUCAUCAUCAUCAUGACCAUUAAAUGUCAAUAAACGUGAAUUUAGUUUA